CCAGUCCUCUCCCGUGUCUUGGACUGGGUGGGGAGGGGGUGCUGCCUACUAUGGGGCAACAGAGUCGUCAUCCCCAAACCCUUGCAAGACCAAGUGCUGAGAGCCCUGCACGAGGCACACCCGGGCAUAGUCCGCAUGAAGGCUUUCGCACGGAGCUAUGUCUGGUGGCCCGGCCUCGAUGCAGAAAUUGAGGCUUGGGUUAAAAGGUGCCCGUCGUGCCAGGUGUCAAGGCCUGACCCCCCACGUGGCCCAGUGCAAUCAUGGGAAUCCACCAAAAACCCCUGGUCAAGACUGCAUAUGGACUUUGCUGGCCCCUUCCAUGGGCGGACUCUACUCAUACUAGUGGAUUCAUACUCCAAGUGGUUGGAGGUGGUCCAGGUGCCCUCGCCAUCGUCGCAGGCGACCAUCAGGGCUCUGAGGGCCAUCUUUGCAACCCACGGUUUGCCGGAGACCAUCGUCACCGACAACGGCACAGCAUUCACGUCCGCAGUGUUCCAGGACUUCUUGGCCAGGAACCUCAUCAGGCACAUUCGCUCUGCCCCGUUUCAUCCAGCCACCAACGGCCAGGCAGAGCGGAUGGUGCGCACGGCAAAGGAGGCCUUGAACCGUCUGGGCCCCUCAGACUGGCCAAAAGACUUGGCGUGUUUCCUAAUGGCCUACCGGACCACACCCACCGCCUCCACAGGUCGCAGUCCAGCAGAACUCCUCAUGGGCCGCCGCAUCACCACCCUGCUGGACAAGCUGCAC